AUGCUACCCAAACGCUAUCCCAUUGAUGGCUCCGAGGGCUACCCCCGGACCACACCGAUGAAGCUCAUCGUCUGCGGAUUUCCGCGAACCGGUACAAUGAGUACGAUGACCCCGUUGCCUCCUUCGCUACACUUAAACCCUAUGCUCGGCUUCAACCGCACACAUCACAUGAUCCACGUCGUCAUGGACCCCGAGGGCUGCGAAAUGGCCGAGUGGACGCGCGCGCUCGACGCCAAGAACCGGGGCGACAGCGGCAGCUUCACCAAGCGCGACUGGGACCGGCUGCUGGGGGACUGCCAGGCGUGCAUCGACUACCCGUCGGCGCUCUUCGCGGCGGACCUGGCGCAGCUGUACCCCGACGCCAAGGUGGUCAUGGUCAACCGCGACCCGGACAAGUGGUACGAGAGCGUGAGCGAGACGGUGGCGGCCAUCCACACGCGGCCGGGCCUGGUGCGCAAGGCGCAGCGGCUGUGGUGCUGGCUGCUGAGCGCGCGCACGCGCGAGGGCGCCGCGUUUUGGCGCGCCAUUGGCGUCGCCGAGGGCAACUACAACCACUUUACGGAAAAGGACAAGGCGAUUGCCUUUAUGCUGCGCACCUACGACGAGUGCCGCGCCGUCGUCGACGAGCACCGCCGCAUCGAGUGGUCCGUCCAGGACGGCUGGGAGCCGCUGUGCCGCCACCUCGGCGUCGACGUGCCGCUCGUCCAGGACCCCGUCACGGGGAACAUGGUGACGGCCCCGUUUCCACGCAUCAACGACCGCGCCAUGUUCCAGCAGAACGUGGAGCGCGGCGCCGCCCGCAUGCUCGCCGAGGCUAACGAGGUGCUCUUUGGCCUCCUGGGGAGGGGCGCCGUGCUCGGUGCGGUGGGAUACGGCGCGUGGACGCUCUGGAAGAUGGCCGCAGCCGCGCGGCGAUAG